CAUUUCCAUGUUUCAUUUACUUUACAGUCGACUAAUAAUAUUAGGGUUGGAUCCCAAGUGGAAAAACCUCAUUUCCGUAUUAGCGCAAGUGCGCGCAGAAAGAAAUGACGUGGUGGCUGGCUUGACUGUGACUUCCGAAGUGGUGGCUGACUUGACCGUAGUAAAAAACAACAACAAACAAACAAACAAAACAACAACGUCAUAACCAGCGACUUUGUAAAGUGCUGUCAUCACAUAACACAGCUGUAGUAGCAUACCGGAUGUCAAGUUUUUUGCUAACUGACAUUAUUCUGUACUGUAAAUUACUGUAAAUAUUGGGAGUUUUACAGAUGUUUUGGUAGGCUAAGCUAUCUUGCCGGUGUUGUUAAUGAACUAUUGGAUGAAUGUACAGUAUAUCUAUCUAUUCAGGUGUUUGUUGAGGUCAGAGUGGCACUCUCUACAUCAUCUGCACUAACUACAGUACAUACUACUCCAUUGCUGUUGGUGUAUUUAGUUUUAUCACCGUGAAAGACAUUUGGAGUCCUUUUACAAUCACAGAUGACUUCAAGAUGUUCGAUCCAAGCUUUUCAGUCUGAUCACAUCCACUUAUGUGAAAGAGAAUAAAUAACUCCGUGGUCAAAGUCAACUUUUCCAGAUAUUCCAGGUGAAGCAUGCUGACUGCUGUCAGAGCUGUGAGAUGUUCCCUGAGAUACUUUAGGAGUAUCUCUAUGUCUGCUAUGGACUCAGGAUACCAGCAGGCUAACGUAGUCAUCCUGCCCAAUCAUCUGGCCAAUGACUUUGAGGCGUUCUGUCGCAGUAAUCCCGCUCCCCUGCCACUCCUUUAUCGCAGCCAAUCAGGAGAGACCUCUUGUCCACCUCUGGCUAAACUUGCUGACAUAAGGACAGAUAUCUCUCAGUACUGUGUGUAUCAGGAGGGUCGCCUGGUGAAAACGGUCUCCAGUCUGCAGAAUUACAGCUCUCAACCAAGCUCCAGGACUGCAUCGGGGCAGCUGGCCGUACAUCAUGGCCAGUGGUCAGACAUGGUGUGUUUCUAUCUGGGCUGCAGUUUUGGCUUCGAAGGCAGACUGAAGAAAGCUGGAGUCCCUGUCAGGAACGUGGAGCAGGGCAGAAACAUCAGCAUGUACAGGACUUCAGUUCCCUGUAUUCCAGCAGGAGCGUUCAGCUGCCCUCUAGUGGUCACUAUGCGUCCCAUUCCAGCUGGCCUGCUGGAUGCAGCAGUGGAGGUUACUCACCUCAAUCCGCUAGCACAUGGAGCUCCUGUACACAUAGGAGACCCAGCUCUGCUAGGCAUACAGGACCUGUCCAGACCAGACUAUGGGGAGCGAGUUGAGCUGCAGCCUGGGGAUGUCACAGUCUUCUGGGCCUGUGGAGUGACUGCUAUAGAAGCAAUACUCAGCAGCAAGCCUUCUUUGGCGUUCAGUCAUUCACCAGGCUGUAUGUUCCUGACUGACCUACCAGACUCCUCCACUUCUUCCCCCAUAACUCCUCCCCCUGACAGCGUGGACCCUCUAGCCACAAAGCUCUGUCCUGAGUUGACCCCCCUCUGCUUCCUUGUAUCCCACAAUCCCUUGUUGUACAGCCUGGCAUCUCAGAAGGCCGUGGCAAAGAUCAGGCAGCUGGAGACGAUUAUUGGAGAGGACCCAGGUCAACGAGGGAUCAGAGCUUUAUUUGUUCAGGAUGAACUUCUACACUCCUGCCUGGCACUCUCUCACUCCUCCUCUGUCGCCAUAACAACUGGUUUCCCCACACACUACAUGCACAGCCCUCCUGACGAGACAGACGGCCCACCUGGAGCUAUCGCCAUGGCGACCAUGCUGCUGUCCCUGGGGAAGCGGGUGACGAUAGUGACAGACAGGAGAGCCCUGGAGAUGAACCAGGCCAUCAUUGAUGAAGCUGUGAGGACAGGUGUGCUGAAAAAUACAAUUCCACUGGUCACCUUUGAAGACAGCGGCCCAGACUCUGCACUGCACUUUCUGUGUCACCACGGAGAUCCCAGAAAGCCCAGGUAUGACCACCUCGUGGCGAUAGAGCGCAGUGGACGAGCUGGAGAUGGAAAUUACUACAACAUGAGAGGAGUAAACAUUAAACAUCUGGUGGAUCCAAUUGAUGACCUGUUUAUUGCUGCCAAAGAUAUAGCAGGAAUCACUACUACAGGAAUCGGCGAUGGUGGUAAUGAGUUGGGGAUGGGUAAAGUGAAGGAGAAGGUGAAGAGCCUGAUGCCCAACGGGAGUCUCGUAGCCUGUGUUGUUCCUGCUGACUACGCCGUCACUGCUGGAGUGUCUAACUGGGGAGGAUAUGCUGUGGCCUGUGGGCUCUACCUGCUCCACACCUGCCCCUCCCACCAGAGAUACCUAAAGAAAGGACUGGGACUGGAACACACAUCUCCCCAAGAACAGCUCCAGGACUGGACUGCUAACCUGCCAUCUGUGGACAAGGAGGAGUCUAUCCUGUCCACUCUGGUGCGUUUUGGGAUACGAAGUGGGGUAACUGCUCAUCUGGCCAUGGAGGUGGAUGGUUUGACCUUUCACCCCACACACUCAGACAUCAUAACCAGACUAGUGGAGGUCACUGUAGGCUCGGCCACUUGUAACCCUUCAUGACCAUUCGCAGUGGUGUUUUUUAGAAGCAGCACAAUUCUCCAUCUGUGAGAGAGUGUUAGCGUUACCUUGAUACUAAUCAGUAAGAUGACUGAAGCCAGUGCACAUGCAAGAGAAACACACCCAAGCAGACACACAAAUAAUCAAUGUGCCAGUGGGUGAAAGUUUGUUUCCUGUCCAUUCAGAUUGCAAAGGAAGUAAGAGAAUAAAAAUAGAGCUCUGUGUGUGUGUGUGUAUGUGUGUGUGUGUGUGUGUGUGUGUGUGUGUGUGUGUGUGUGUGUGUGUGUGUGAGUGAGUGGGUGUGCGUGAGACUGUGUGAGUGAUUUUAGAUGCUGCCUUGGUUACUGUUCACCCCCCUUUUCCAUGACAACCAGUGACAAAGCAAAGUACAUUCAAGUAAAGCUAUCCCUCUUUCCUCAGUGGGGCUCGCUGCUGCCUCAGUAAUGAAUAAAUCAGAGCUCUGAUACUAUUUUGAUAUCUACAAGAAUAGAAAUAUUUAAAAAUAAAAAAAUUCCACUCCCAAAGUCAGCCAUAAAUGGAUGCACAGUAGACAGGCAUGUCAGUGAUCCGUCUGCUCGUUAGACCUGUCAGUGAAAAGAGGGAGCAAAAAAAAAAAAAAAAAGGAGUGUUAUCAUUCAUCAUUGUUAAAAGCAUAUGACCUCUGGUGUCUGUUUGACCAACACACACACACGCAGAGCAGAGAGGCCACAGCUGACAGGAUAAGCGUGCGCUUCGCCUGCAUUCACACAAAAUCCGGCAGUGCAGCACCUUCCUGCAGGGUUGUGCGGAGGUGGGGGUGAGUUUAUUUGUGCUUUAGAACGUAACUGCAGCGAAACAACCAGAAAAUGUUUUAUUUAUCUGAUCGUUCUCACUACCACUGCUCACUCUUGCCUUAUAUUACCAUCUCCACCUAUCAAACACGCCUGGUCUGAACUAUGUAUGAGGAGCACGCAAUGUAAACACGCAUUCCUCUUUUAUGAAUACUAGUUUAUGUGUGGGAAAUCAGGUAUGCAUGUUUUUUUGGGCAGAGUGUGCGCAUCGUUUAUAUGUGUUGGAUGAGUACACUACUCACUGGGCUGCUAUUGGCCUUUGCUACCAGAGUUCAAACUGGAAAAACAUGCUGCCUGUUGUGGAAUCAUCACAUUUUUCCUGAACUAUCCAGCAAAAUCAGUUUAAGAGGGAAGAAAUAUACCAUGGAGAAUUGUUCUAAUUAUACUGCAUAUCUACAACAUGUAGUUUACAGAGCAGCUCUUGAGUUUAGGAGUUUCGAAAAGUGGUGAUUUACGUCAUCAUCUAAGCUGUCUCUAUGUCGGACUCAGUCAAUUCUCAGUAGAUGUUUCUCACAAUGAGAGUAUGGCUUAAGAUACGACAAUCAAGACAUAAUGCAAUCAGAAAAGGGGAAGGAUGCUACCGAUAAUGUGAAGUUAUGUUUGCAUAACUAAGCCAAGGUCCCAGUAUUUCAAAAAAGAACAAAUUAAAGUGUGUGAAAGGCUUCAUUUAUCCAUCACACAACAAUGCAUUCUUCUGUGAGGCCUCCUCAGGAACAGCAGCAGCAUGACUGAACAUUACAGCAGACAAAGUAUAGAAUUAUAAAUGUAACAUGUACAUUAAAUGUCCACACAGUGAUUUCAGCCUUCACCUUGUCUCUCUGGUAUUAAACACUAGAGAUGGAUCAAAGGAAUUAAUUAGCAAGCAGACAGAGAACUUAACUGCACAAAGCUGCUUUCCACACAGUUUCUCUUAAAUACAGACAAAAAUGCAUUUUAACAAUAUCAAGACAUAUUCUGGAUACACUCCUGAUGGAUGUGGAGGCCCUUUGGGAUGCAGAACACAUUCCACACACUGCUUAACAGUUUGGAUCCUAACUUAAAAUUCUCAUUAAUAUGUGACCAUCAUCUUCACAUGUAUAAAUCUGACAAUAGGCUCUGCAUGCAAAAAUGAAUCCGUCUAGAUAACUCACACAUUCCAACACACAACCCCAAACACACUUCUGUUUUGGCAUUUUCUUGUAGCAUUUGCAACAUACUGGGACUGUCUGGUACUCAAACACAAGUAUAUGCUGUAUAAUCAGCAUCUACAAUGCCCUAAACUGUUCUCAUGUUCUGUCUUUUAGUUUUAGUUUUUAAUGUUUUAAUAAAUGACUGCAAAAUUCUGCAACUUUUGAUCUUCUGAGCAGUUUUUCAGUGUUAGAAAAACUGAAGAAUGCUUAUUUGGCAUUGUGUCAGUUCUUAAAAGCAAACUUUUCACCCCCAAUAGAAGAAACUGAAAUAUCUGUCACACAUUAUGAUGAAAAUGAGCAAUUAUUCAGAAAAAAAAGGAUUACCACUGGAAGUUACAGAGUGAUUCAAUGAAAUAGAUGCUUAUGAUGCAGCUGUUUAUGAGAUGAUUUGCUUUUGAAUUUGUUUAUGUAUUCAGACUUUCAAUGAUGAUUAAACAUUGUUGUAAAAUGAUUAUUAUUUUUGUUCAGAUUGAAUGUAAUGUAAAUAAACAGAAUUGCCACUGA